AUGUCCGGACGAUCCUUGGCUAGCUCCAGCUCGAGCUCUCGACAUUCAGAUUCCGACGAGGAAAGUUCAUCGCUCACGAAGACUACGCCUCAACCUCAAUCUAAUAAUGUAUCUCAACAUCAAACUCCUGCUUUACGAGACAGCCAAGCAGAUAGGCUGAAGGGAGAGGUUGUGUGGGUCACGGUGCAAGCUUACGAAGGCACACUAAUCCAGCAACUUGCAUGGUUCACCACGCAACUUGGGUCUGACAAGCUUACAUUGUCACUAUACGACACACUUCAAGCGGCUGGCAAACGAGUUGAAGACGAGCUGUUCCGCCUUCGCAAUGGCACUUUUGAAAAUGAUCCUGACUCGUUGGUCCAGGUAAUGCUCCCUCCGAGGCCCACAGCCAAUGCUCUGGGCAAGCGACGUGCUGCGUCACCUGUGCCCUCUGCCAGUUCGUCUAAAGAACAACGCCGUACUCUUCCUGACGCGACAAACGACCGCGGUAAUCCUUCCUCUGGGCCAUCUGCUGCCAAGUCUCGCAAGGUUGCCGCGUUGAAGACCCCCGAGCCACGACCCAAAUUACCUCGCGACGCCAAGAGGAGGGGUGAGCUCUCCAGGGUUGCUUCCGGAUCCUCCGACUACCGACCACCCUCACGCAGACGUUCCCCAAUUGCUCAAGCAACAAAAUCUCCCUCUCCUCCUCUGGUAUACACUCCCAAUCCAGCAACCUCGGCCGCCAAUGUCAAUGCGCUGUUCUCAAAGGUGGCUAACAACAUCGUUGAAUAUAGUAGACAACCUUCGUCUAUCCCGGUCAUGGUAGAGGAUGAUUCAGAUCCUUUCUACGAAUUCUUCAGUACCCCUUUCGAGCGUCCACCUGUCAACCAGCCACUCGACACCCCACUAGUUGAUUAUGUCACUGAGGCGUGGGAUACCGCCUUCCCACCGGCAAGAUUCCGCCGUGAAUUCUUGCGUAGUGGGAUGAAUGCCUAUCAGCUCCUCUUCUCUUGGUUCGCCGGGGUCAGAAGAGAUCCCCGCUGGACAACCUCGGACACUAUGGCAAUGAUGGAUCGCUACGAAGCCAUUCUCAAAUUAUUGAAAUUGUCAGUGGUGCCCUUUGCAAUCGUUCAACCGGAAAUUCGCCGUUCGCCAACACCACCUUUGGGCCCAGAACCCCCGGCACCUGCUCCAGCCUCUCCAACACCUCUGGACCCCAUCAUCGACUUCGAACAACCUCUAGUUGAUGAACCUCUAGCGGAGGACCCAGCACCUAUCCUCAACCCGAUGCCCGCGUCGUUGGAAGAGGUACUCUCUCAAAUUGAGACCAUAGCUCAGCUCCCCUCAAGCAUACCUGCCGGUGAACCUGAAGGCGAGUUCCACGGCUUUUUCCGCGGAUCAUUCUUCCCGGACGAGCCUUACGAAGCGGACGAAAUGUGGGAUCAGGUUGACCCCUACUUGAACGCACGCAUUGGUAGAGAUGUUCUCCCUCAAACCCUUCGCCGAGGACAUUACGGUAUCGACGGGUUGUUUUGGCACUGGCUAGUGCGGGCGCGAACUCUCCGUGGGUGGGAUAAUGCCUGCGAUGGACCUCUCCAAGUCAAGUUACAAGGUGCUCUCACUCUCCUGAAAGAGGCGGUUCUACCAGGUACCCCUGAACACGGAAAUGCUCCUAAUCCUGCUUCCCAUGAAGAGACGGUCAAUGAUGUUUAUGAGGAUCCAGUCCCUGGAAAUCCCACCAAAACCAAAGAAGACACGGGUACUGAUGCCAAUGAGGUUCAAGUCGAAGCCAAUCCUUCAAGUUCAAAUGCCGAUUCUCCUAAUCCUGCUCCGGAUGAAGACACGGUCAAUGAACCUGAUGAGGAACCAGUCCAAGGAAAUCUCACUGAAACCACUUCCCAAACGCUUCCAGAAACUGCUGUAUGUCUAGAGCAAGAAGUUACUGGAAAGGAUCCAGGCGAAGAAGGAAAUCCAACUCAAACCACUUCUCGAAAGACUCCCACUGUAGAAAAAAGUAAUGUUGGUUCUAUGAUACCCUCUGGGAAAGAGCCUUCAGGUAACACUCCUAGUUCGCCACCAGCACCUCCUUUGGACCCUCGAAUCCCUUUGAUACCUCAGGCUAUUGUCACCCCAGGCCCCCCGAUUCCUCCUUUGGAGCCUCGAAUCUCUGCCAUACCUCAAGCUGUUCCAACCCCUGUUCCCCCAAUUCCGGCAAAUCAACUCCAACCUCACACUUGCUCAACCUCUACUCGUGUGGAAUCUCAGGUGCCUUCCACCCCUAUACCCAAUCCCCCCCUUACCAACUCCCAGCCCAAUCAUACUCGGCGGCCUCGCUCAAUCCCCAGUCGUGUGGAAUCUCAGGUGCCUUCCACCCCAAUACCCAAUUCAGCCCCUACCAACUCUCAGCCCAAUUAUCCCAAACCCUUCCCUGACUCUUUGGAAGAGGUCCUUUCUGAGAUUGAGACAGUAGCCAAGCAUUCUACUAUACCAGUUGCCCAACCGGAAAGCAAAUUCCACGGGUUCUUCCGGCAUUCUUUCCUCCCAAAGGAGCCCUACCAGGACCACGAACUCUGGGAUCAAGUAGAUGACUAUUUGAAUGCAUGGAUAGGUGCUGAUGUUCUCCCUCGAACCCUUCACCAAGGACGUUACGCUUUCCGGGGGUGGGAUGAUCACUGCGACGAGGCGGUCGAAGCAAAGUUGAGAGGUGUUGUUACCCUGCUCAAACGGAAGGUCAAGCCUCCUCAACUGGCUCCACUUGACCCUCAGCUUGUCGAACAGUCAACCUCAGCCCAACAGUCAGGUUCUCAGGCAACUUCCACUCGCAUUCCCAUCAAAAGGCGUAUUGACGCUGACUCGCAAGUCACUACGCCUCCGAAGAGAACUAAGGUCUCCCCUUCACCCGGUAAUUCUGAAGAUGACACAGAUCCUGGCCCUUCGGGUUCAUCGAGUAGGGAAUUGAUGACCAAUCAAGGCCAUCAGGAUCAGGUACCUGAUUCGGUGCAGAAAGCUGCUCCUACUGGCCUGUGGAUGAUGGCCCAGUCACCUCUCUUCGAUGUCACUUCGGCUUCGAUUGGUGCCAACAAACUUUUGCCACAAGACGUACCCCAGGUUUACAGAGCGAUGAUCAACCUUCUCCUUCGGCGCAAAGAAGGCAUUGACGUGCCUGCUAAGCCCCCCAUCCAGGAAGCAGAGCCUUUUGGGGUGAAAAACAAGUUAUCAGUUCGUGCCUGGCUUUCCAGAAACCCCAACUCCUUCCUCGUGCGUAGUGCUGGCGAAGCGCCGUGGUAUCGCCACGACAUUUUCAACUUCACGUCACCCAACUACGAACUGCCAACUACCACAGAUGACAAAGUUCAAACCACCUACGUUCACGAGAUUCUGAGUUUGUUCUACAGUCCAGGUACAAAGCGUAUCAAUCAGGCAGUGCGGAUGAUAGUUGCUGCUGUGACAUUUGCCCGGAUGGACACCAAUGAACUUCCCGUGGACUACACUCCUCCUGAAGUUGAAUACCCGAACCAAGACAUUGGGCAGUGUCUUCAAGCUGCUCAUCACUUCAAAAACCUUCACGAGACUAAGCAACAAACUCAAUGUGCUGCAGAGUGUAUGGAAGUCAUGACUGGGAUGGUCAAUCGCCUGUACACGGUCUUUGAAGCAGUUGCCAGUCUGCAAGCAAAAUUUCAUCAUGCAUUGUAUCUCAGUCUAACACCAACUGACAGACACAACAAGCUCCUCUCAGAUUACGAGGCAAUGACCCACACCCUGGGUACAGGCUCCAUGGCAUCACAUGUUCUUGGACCGCUGGUGGCUUUUUUGGUCUCUGCUGUAAAGGGUCUCAUGAUCUUCCCGCACGACAAAGCACAAUUCGGAUCCGUGAAACUCUCUCAUUUCCUGGUUCUAGUUAACCAGAUGAAUGGGCAAGGACCCAUUGACGAACCAAUCUGGAAAUAUACCCAGAAGUACAUCCUGGAAACCAUUGAAAAUAUCUUCUUCCCCACAGGUUUUGAUCCCUCCAACCUCAAUGAUGUUGGUUGGGAUGGGCAUGAAGUGUCCAAGUUCCAGCUUGCCAAAGCACUGGAAGUAGACCUUUAUAAUUUUUGUGUGAAUAGGACUAAAUUCUCUGGCGGUGAGAUUUAUAGAGACCCUCUGUUUGACCUACCUGACAUUCAAGUUGCCAAAGAUCCUAACAAAAAAAAAUAA